GUAACAACUUCUUUGUUGUUGUCAGUUACAAAGUCUUCAUCGCUGACAACCACGCGGUUAUUUUGGCUGAUGUCAGCAAGAGUGUGCUUUGUGAAUAAUUCAAUUAAUUGAUUGUUAUUCAACCUCGAGUUAAUCUAAUGAUGAACGCCUUCAGAACGGCGCUGUCUGUUACAUCGCGCGUCUGCCCCAGGACUGGCCUCGGUAUUCUAUCAAGGAAGAACGCAACACCUGUAACAGAACUAUACAUGUCCGCGGCGUACACCACGCCGCUCCGUACCCGUCCUGACGAAAACAGCAUUAAGAACUGCCUGAAACCCGACUUCCGGUACGCUGGCACUGGUUCUAAACAUGCGGGCUGGACCGGAGCUGGACUGGCGGUCGGAGCGGGCGUCCUCUUCGGCGCAGGUCUUUACAAGACGACACUUCACAACAAGUCCCCCACGAAAGAGCCCGUUGACGAUGGAGACGCGGUUGAAAAGACAGGCCUGAAUCAGGUUGUCACGGUGGACAAGUCUCCAGUCGGAGUACUCACAAGGGCAGGCGCUACCUCUUCUUCAGCAGCGGGACUGCAGUCGGGAACAACAGUUGAGGCGGACGUGAAAGUUAACAAUAGGAAGGAUCCUGCAGAGGAAACUGAGAAGGAUGCGGAGAACGAGGUUCCCACAAAGGUUGGCGAAGUUGACAGAUCAUCACAGGAAGAUCAAUGUGCUGACGACAGUAAUCUCUCAUCAAUGACCUCUCAUGCCAUCCUGGCAGCACUCCCGAAGAACGACCGCUUGUACCCUGCAAAGCCUCCGCAACAGCCACAACUACAGCUCCAUGGCGACCACAUUUGGAUCCGCUUCUUAAUGUAUCUUCUAAUUUACAUGGGUUACGUAAAAAUCCUCCCUGCACGAUAUUCGGCACAAGCAGCAAGCACCUAUGGUAGGACGGCUGCUGAGCGUUUUGGCAGCAGAAGCCCGCAAGGGGGCGCCUCACGCGGAUCAACUCGCAGACAGAGGCCAUGGACAUGAACACCUGUGAGAUCUAAGAUCUGAGGGCGUGUUUCACCUGCGGCAGCAUAAGACGUGUUCGGGACCGACAAGUAGCCAGGACACGGAGAUCUGUCAGUUACAGUCCGAGCGCGAUCUUCCGAUGGAAGAAAGAGACCGCAUUGCAUGGAAAAUGCUUAGUGUUAAGUGGAAGCCAUGGCGAAGUGUCCGACCUCUGGAACAGUUACGAACAGUGCACAGUCAACCUUGAGGCAGCUGAUAAUCACAUCGAACUUCUGCGAACCGUUAUGCCGAACGCCUCUUCAGAGACUGUGGCGAAUUUAGUGAGCCGAUAUGAACAGCACCGCAGCCAGUCAGCCCCAUAUUGAAGUCUGCGAUAGUUUACAUUAUGGCUUUAUCCCGGGUAUCCUAUGUAUUUAUGUAGUUUUACUCGACGGUUUAACGAUAACUGUGCAGCAUCUAAAGGUGUGAAUAGCGGGUUAGAUUGACAAGGCAUCAGCACCAUGGCCAGCCACCACAUGGAGUCAUACAAUAUUGAUGUUACAUUGGCUCUCGAAAGAGUUUUGUUCUGUAAAACCUCUGUACGUUUGGAUGUCAUUAAAGAUGUCUCGUUGUAUGCGGUACCUUUCCAGUUGUUUUAUUCCUCACAGAAGCGUUCAAUUCUACUCCGUUUUCUGGUUUCAUAUUUGGAAGCCAUGCCAAAUUUCCCCAUCCCAAGAUGGGAUAGUCUUCAACCUUUUUUAUAUCUUCCUAAAUGUGUGAUAGUCACUUGACGGGUUUGUCAAGCUUAUUCCGACUACCAUUUAGCGAUAAUACGGCGCAGUACAUUAGAACCGGGUCCGUAUGGGGGUGCUUUAAUUUAGAAAAGAAUGUUGUCGCAAAGACAAAUGAGGUAACUAAAGUCGG